CCCUUCCUCACCCUCUGAAAUGGUGUAUCGGCUGGCUUAUCAAAUUUUGAACCGGUGAAAUAACCGUAGUUUUUAGCGAAAUAGUUGUGUGCUUUUUCGGUCAGAUGCUUAAUGUAUGUUAAGUUUAAGCCCUCCUCUUCCCCGCCUUAUUGCCAGCAGUAGAAAGGAAGUAACAGACUAGCAGCCAGUACAUAGUUUUUGUACGCACUCCGUCCCCACAGCUUACUUCCAAAGGACUGUAUAAACACAGGCAAAACACGACAAAGGACGGCACGCCGAAGGACGGUGAAGUGAUCUCAGAGCCGCGCCGUUUGGGAAGCUGUGAAAAUUAGCUUGAUCAAUAUGGUGGCUUUGUCAUCGGUAAUACGACCACUGGCUUUCCAGCUUCACAGAAACCUGAUCAGAACCGCGAAGAGUCAUCGUGUUAUGCCUGCCAGGAAAUGUAACCUUACGGCAUGCUCAAGCAAAUAUGUGCUGUCGCAGAUGCAUCCCAUGUGGCAGGGACCCCUUGCAGUCCCAGGAGGUGAUCGCCAGUCUCCCAUUGACAUUGUUGUGCGUAAGAGUGUCUUUGAUUCAGAUCUGAAGCCUCUGUUCAUCAAUUACGACCCACAGACCUGCCAACAAAUCUGGAACAAUGGUUACUCCUUUCUGGUGGAGUAUGAUGAUACUACAGACAAAUCCACGCUGAAAGGGGGCCCCCUGCAAGACAAAUUCAGGCUGUGCCAGUUCCACUUCCACUGGGGUGAGAGCAACGCUUGGGGUUCAGAGCACACCUUGGACAGGAGGUUAUUCCCUGCAGAGCUUCACCUGGUCCAUUGGAACUCUGACAAGUACACUUUGUUCGAGGAGGCUGUGAUGGAGGAGAAUGGACUGGCUGUAAUAGGAAUUUUUCUUAAGGUGGGAAAGAGACAUCAAGGGCUACAGAAAUUGGUUGACGCUCUACCAGCUAUCAGACACAAGGGCAGCGUAGUGGAGUUUACCCGAUUCGACCCCGCAUGUCUGUUACCCACCAACACGAAUGAUUUCUGGACAUACCAUGGCUCUUUAACAACACCUCCUCUGACAGAAUCUGUUACCUGGAUUGUUAUGAAGCAGCAUAUUGAAGUCAGCCAUGACCAGCUGGCAGUCUUUCGGAGUCUUCUUUUCACCUCAGCGGAAGAGGAAAUACAGAAGAGUAUGGUAAACAACUUCCGUGUGCAACAGCCCCUUUGUGGUCGCACCGUUCGCUCUUCCUUCUCUCCCUUCCUACAGGAGGCACCAUCAGCUGAAGGGGACAAGCACAGUCACUAAACCUGCUGGAUCCAGAACACAUAUCCUCUAACAUAAUAACACACAUGAUAACCUAGCAGUGACAAUACCAACAUUAAUUCUGUUCAAACAUGUAAAAUUUAUUUCAUUUCUUACUCUAAACUCAGAAUUCUAGCUUAUUUUUCACUUCCAUACAAGAAAAAUGUGUUUAUUUGUUUAGGGGAAUAAGUUUUAAGAAUAAAAGAAAUAAUACAGGGUUGUGUUUUUAAACAAACAUGCUAUGGCAGCUGAGGAGACUUGUGCUGGUGCUGUUUUAAACAUUUGCUCUUAGUCGAAACAUGAUGGUAUCUAUGAUUUAAAAUCAAUGUUCUCCCAGGUGUUGAGUUAAAACUGUAUUUUGUCUCUGGUUUGUUUAUGUCAGUUAUGAAACAUUACACUACAUAAAAUUAGUCUUGCAGAAAUUUCAGCACACACUCAACUAUGCUUUAUUUUAAAUCCCUGAAAAAUCUAACACUACAGUGAAACCCAUGGCUUAAUCUGCAAGUUGAAAUUUAAUUUACUUCUUAAUUUUUUUUUGUAUUAUUAAAUCAGUGGGAAUGUGAAAGACCAGAAGUGCCUUUGUUAUUUGGUUUUGUUAACUGUUCUGUUUGAUGAUUAAUAAGGAUGGGAUUUCUCAUCAGAAUUACAUAAGCAGAAGUAGGAGGCAAGAUCCCCAGAGACAAAGACAUAGUUCUUUUCAACAAACCAAAAAGUUUUUCAAGUUAGCUUUUAUUAAGAAAUUAAAUUCAAAUAUAGCUGUGCCCUACUUGCAAAGACAUUAAACAUUUGGAGCAGGAAAAAGAAAUACAAGGGUGAUGUAUCCUCAUCAAGUCUUUGCGGUGGGGGGUGGCUGUUAUCGGAGAUUGUGGGAAAUUAACUGUUACAAAUGGAGGUGUAGUAUUAAAAAAAAGGAAAUAUAUAUAUAUAUAUAUAUAUAUUUAUAUCAUCAUUAUAAUGGCUUUUGGCAUUGAAUCUUAUAACAUUGGAAAGCCUGUUUUUUCACUCUUAAAUAGCAUCAAAUUUUUAAGGAACAUUUCAUCUUUGAGGAUAGCAUUCUGUACCACUCUGGAGAUAUAGGAUUUCCACUGGCUGCAGAAUCUCAUCUCUAUAAAUAUCUGCAUUGAGAUUGCCUCCAAUGAUGACAAGCCUAGUUUUUCCUGUGGGGGAGAUGCAGCCCCACACCACCACAUGGCCUCCACCAAAAGAUGUUACUAUGUUAGUGCAGCAACCAGCAUGUUGUUCUUUGUGUUUUCUCCACACUUUGACCCUACGAUCCAAUUGAUGUAGGCAGAAUCUUGGCUCAUUGCUGAACCUAAUAGGUGCCAUCCAGACACAUAUUUUGUCAGCACCUGGGGGUACCAGAAGCUCAAAAUAAGAGUCAAUAGCAACAGCGAAAUUAGCUGUUUGGCAAAUUUUUCAGGGGCUCAACUCACAUACUCAGCUUUGCUGCUCAUCCUACAAAUGCAUGUUUGUUACAAAUGUGGUAACAUUUAAAGGGGAAACAAACAGGCUUUCCAACGGUAUAAGAUUUAUUGCCAAGAAGUAUUAUUACAACAAAGAAAUAAUGUACCAAACACAAAUGUCCUUACUUAUUGAGAUAUAUAUCAUGCAUUGACCUGAUUGAUUUACUGUAUCUAAACCUCUGUGUAUUGCCACAGAGUAUUUCAGACAGCAGUAAGAAGCGGGUAUAACCCAACAGCACUGUUUACUGGUCACAGUUGGUACAACAACUGACUCUGCUCUGACAUACCCUAAUCAUGGGUAAUUUACUCAGCAAGCCUGAGCACUCGUGCUAGUGAUAUAACUUUGUAUUUUUUAUUUCAGGAUCCAUACUAAAAUGUUAGAGUAGUCAUACUACAUGUUUGAGCUGCGUGACCCUGGCUCUCAAUUUUAUGAUCAAACAAUAUCAAAAAUGACUUAUGAAAGCCACUACCAAAGGCAUAUAAAAGGUAAAGAGACAGGGUUGGCAGAAGCCUUACUCACAGCCCAUGUAGACACACCAGGAUGCUGUGAACAGUGGCCUUUGAGCAAGUCAGCUGUCAUGCACUACACGCUAGGGCUAUACCAAAUGAUUAUCUUAAUAACCGAAUAAUCGGCCAAUUACUCCCGCCAUUUUAAUUAAUUGUUUCAUUGGACACUUCUGAAAUAAAUAGAGACAUCCCUUAAUUGAAAACAGCACACAUAUGUUGUAGAAAUAAUAGAAAUAGAAAAUAAUAGAUAAUAAUGUUAAUUACAAAAAAACAAACUUUACUAUGUAAAAUUACCAUAAAUUGGAUAAUCUAUGCUUCUGUUUAGGUCAAAUUAGGCUUCUUCAUGUUCAUAAUGUUGGCCAUAUCAUAUUUCAACUCAGUGUUUUUGCACUUUUUCAUUCACACAUCAGCAUUAGCUGUAGUGAAAAGUUAUAGGUAAAGCCCGCCCAACCUCAGACCAUUAUAUGAACUUGGGCACUGUGUUGAUUGUGCAGAGGGGCAGAGCUUAGUGAUAGGUCAACUGCUCCUCUCACCCUGUGACUGCAGUAGACACACAUCAGUCUUUUCUACAUUUAGAGUUUGAUGCGGACAAAAACACACAGUGAGGGAAAUAUAAUUUUGAAUGUCAGAGAACCCAUUACCAACACAGAACUUAGGUUCCAUCAUCAGAGAACAAUUUUUAGGCCCCAAACAUCUCACCGACACUAAGAUUAUAAGUGAUCAUUGAUGAACGUUUCUCAUAAUUUUUGUUGAUCAUAAAAUCAUUACCAUUGAAGUUAUAUGUGAAAGUGAAGUUUAGUAACUGACAGCAUGUGAUUUAAACAGAUCCAUGCUUCAGCGAGCAAUGCAUUAAUAUUGCCACACAACAAAUUAAUAAAUGAAUCCAUUGCUUACACUUUUAGUCAUUAAUUAUUGGUAUUUUUUGAUUUUUGCAGCUCUACAGGCUACUACACACAUGUGCUGUGCCAACUAAAAUAAGGAGGCUAGAUAUGCUUACAUGAGAUAUCACCAGAAUGGCUCUAAAUACUAGCCUGAAUAGCUGAUCAUUAAGGUAACUCAGGCAUUCAACUAUGGUUUCAGUUUAGCAACAACGUAGACACUAUCCAGAUCUUAUUUGUAAAUAGGGAUAAGGUUAUACAACCUAACAACCUUAUUCAGCCUGCUUUGUUUCAUGAAUGAUAGCAGUGGUGUAUUUGCUGGUUGUAACUAUGCAGUACUAUUGAGUAAGGAUGUUUUGAAGAAAGAGAUGAUCAAAGAGAACAGAAGGUUUUGGGGAGGGAUGUGGACUAUCUAUGCUUUUGGCAGAAAACACAUACUAAAAGAAAGUUAGUGUUUUUACAGAACCACUGCAGAUGCACAAGGUGUAUGAAGCAGGUGAAAGAUUUAUUAUUUGUUAAGUAAACUGAAGGGUGUUUAAUGAUGAUGAUGAUGGACAUUGAGAAUACUUUUGGGAAUAAUACAUGUCAUCUUUUUUUCUAUAUAAUUAAGUAUUAGUACAUUUAUGUUUAGAAUAUCAUGUUGUGCCAUGGAAACAAGGGACCCAUCACUGUCUUCAUCUUGAACAGCUGCAUUUUAUGGAUGUUAAUAAAUUGUAUAAUUGUACACCGUGAUCCGCCUUAAUAUUUAAUGGCAUAUUCUCUGUGAAGUUACUUUUCUCUGCCUUUUUUCAACCAUGAAUGUAGUAGAUAUGUAUCUAGAUCUAAAUGAUCCUCUGAGUCAGUGCUGGGAUAUUACAUCAGGAUUAAAAAGUUAUAUGUGAUGUUUUCUGUGUUGUCAUUCUGUUUUGGGAGUUUCAAGCCCCCCCUUCUUUCUCUUUCUUGUAUCACUGUCUGCUUUUCUGCACAUAGUAUUUUAUGCUAAAAAAUGCUGUCAUCACACUGUACUUUCCCAUGUCUUAUACACAGCACAUCUUGAGCUAUGUACUGUAGUUUGUGUGAUGUUUAAGCAGGUGUUUUUUUCAAGUGUGCAGUCUAUAUUUUAGCUAUUUAUUUUUCCAAAGAGCAGCUGACAUUCUUACCCUGCAGGGCUUCAAUAGGCCCCUCUCCUCUCGGUAUGCUUAGCUCCACCUGGAUGACCCUUUACAGGCACAGCUGUGCAACCAGGAAGCAUUUAUCUCCAGAAGAGCCUGCUCCCUGAAAGAAAUGUUGAAAUCAAUCCAAAGGCAUCCCAUGUUGGAAGUGUGAAGAUUAUUAGGUGUAGCAUUUAAUGUAUGAGUUUUUACAAUAAAAUUAACUAUGUAAAAAGGAUGAUUUACUGUAAUUAAUGAGCAGACAUUUAAACUGUACUCUUUACCUGGUGACAGGAACAGAUGUGUAGUUUUAAGUGUUUAGUGUGCUCCAAUCAAAUUUUGAUUAUACUGUAUAUAAGUAAGCAGUUCUGGAGCUAAAAUUAACUGGACUAUAUUCUAAAAUAUUCAAAGGUGCUUGGGCAUAUAGUCUCUUUUUAAUAAUCAUAGACUUAUAGACCACUUUAGACCCAGCUGAACUAACUCCCCCUCUAAAUAUUAACCAAUAUUCGGAGUUUGAAGAAAACAGACUUUUGGUGGCUACAUCUCAGUCACAUCCCCCACCCUAUCCAAACUCAUGCCUUUGAAGACCCAUGACAGAGAGGGGAUGUUUGGUGGCCCCACCCAGAUGCCUGGGGUAUUGAGGCUGGGUUGUUUUCACUUUAUUAAAGACUGUUACUAUGGCCGGGUGUGAUUUUGGUCUCCACCUGAUUCAAACCAAAGGCUUGGCGAUUGAAGCUGACCUAGAAUUGUUUAUUGUGCUAAGCUGCAGGAUAGAGAGCCUUAGUGAACAGGGACACACCAGUCAGUCUCUUCUGGUUUUCCCCCAAUUGUAUAAACAGACACAAUGACUGAAGACAAAAUCUUUGAACCAUACAAUGCCUGAAGCUCUUCAUAAACGUGACCAACACUGGGACUGUAUUAAGCAAGCAGUGAUUUUUAAUGGGAUGUGAAUAUCAUCAAGAGGGAACUGCA